UGACAGGCUGGCGCUUCGGAGGGACUUUCCGCCGGCCUGUCCAGCCGUUCGCGCAAGGUGAGUGCAGAGCGGCCGAGUCAAGCGGGGCAAAAGGCGAACAUCCACCCGGCGUACCCCUUUGCAGAGGAACCGCUUUGGGACAGAGGCAGCCGCUGCUGGCUUGCUGGACCUGACCGCCGUUGAGGCUUUCCAUCUGGUUCCUUUUCCACUGAAUCCAGAAAGUCCCGCCAGCGCUGGUCCUGGUGGCAGAGUACCAAACGUCCCCCACCCCACCCCGGACUGGCAUUCAAGAAUGCAGAGAUCACCCCGGCAGCCGAGAUCUCCGCCUCGCUGGCCCGGAGAAGGGGUGCCCGGUGGAAGAUGUGUCAGCUGAAGAUUCUCGCCCAGGUGGUGAAGUGCGUUCCGCCAGCUUUCCCAGGAUCCCGCAGCGCCGGUGGAGGCUGCCUCUUAACUUCCCAGGUUCAACUCCGCCUGGCUGCAGUUUCAGCAGAGUAGAAGGACAGUUUGGGAGGCGGCCCCAAUACUUCCACCGCUUAGAUGCGUUGCUCCUGGCUGGCUUGGCUUAGAUCCGAGGCGGCCAACUCUCGUCCCUGCCGAGACCCUCCCUGUUCCCCGUAGCUGGGGCGCGAUGCUCCCGUCGCUGCCAGGGCCUUGCUUAAUCCCAGAAAGGCAGUCUUCGCCUUCCCUUUCCCCCGCUCCGCUUCGCCCUUGUAGCAGAAGCCCGCGGCUUCCCGCUAGCGCGCUGGAAUGAGGCACCCGUGAACCCCACUCCCCGUUGGGGGAGGGGGCGACCACAGCUCUCCUCGCCAUCCUUUCGGCGGCGGGUCCAGGUCCAGAGCGCCCGUCCAUGGGGCUGUCCGUUCCCCGCCGAGUGCAAAGCGGCUGAGAGAAGGGGGCGAUGGCCCCUGCGCGGGGGGCCGCCUAGCAUGGCCCGGGGAGGGACGCCCCCCGCCUCCUCGUCUGGCCCCGAGCCCCUGCCCCGCCGCGCCUUGCGGAAGCUGCUGCUGGUUCUGGGCUCCGUGCUCAUGUCUCUCUACGCCAGCUAUUGCCUAGCGGGGGCAGCGCGCGUCCUCACCAGGGAUCCGGCCCCGAUUCCCGUCGCUCAAGGCGAGGAGGCGGCUGGCACGCCCCGGGAUCCCCUACUGCAACCCCAGCCGGGGGGAGAAGGCAACAAGCGGCUGCCGCAAGCGGUGAUCAUCGGCGUGAAGAAGGGCGGCACCCGAGCGUUGCUCGAGUUUCUGCGGGUGCAUCCGGAUGUGAGGGCGGCGGGCGCCGAGCCGCACUUCUUCGAUCGGAACUACGGCCGGGGACUCGCCUGGUACCGGGAAUUGAUGCCAAGAACUCUUGAUGGCCAGAUCACUAUGGAGAAGACUCCCAGCUACUUUGUCACUAAGGAAGCACCAGCUCGCAUCUCCGCUAUGUCGAAGGACACCAAGCUCAUCGUGGUGGUGAGAGACCCGGUCACCCGAGCCAUUUCUGACUACACGCAAACCCUUUCCAAGAAGCCAGACAUCCCCACCUUUGAGAGCCUGACCUUCAAAAACAGGACUACGGGCCUGAUCGAUACCUCCUGGAGUGCCAUCCAGAUUGGCAUUUAUGCCAAGCACCUGGAAAAUUGGCUCCUGUACUUCCCCCUCAGGCAGAUCCUUUUUGUCAGUGGGGAGAGACUGAUCAGUGAUCCAGCAGGCGAGUUGGGCCGGGUCCAGGACUUUCUAGGCCUCAAGAGGAUCAUCACAGACAAACAUUUCUACUUCAACAAAACCAAGGGGUUCCCAUGCCUGAAAAAGGCCGAAGGGAGCAGCAAACCCCACUGCCUGGGCAAAACGAAAGGACGGACCCACCCCAACAUUGACCGGAAAGUAGUGCAGAGGCUGCGAGAGUUCUAUCGGCCGUUCAACAUGAAGUUCUACCAGAUGACCGGCCAUGACUUCGGCUGGGAUUAAGCCUGGAAAAAUAGUAAUUUAAACAUAUUAAAAGGAAAAAUAUAUUUUUGUACAUAUCAAUAGAGAUGGAAAUCUAAUAUUUGUGCUAAAGUCUAAUGAUUCCAAUUAAUAUUUUUGUUUUAAUGCAAACAUCUAUUUACUUGCUCUGUUGUUCAGGAUUUAUGGUAUCCAGUUCCACAGAUUCAGAAGACCGCCACUUUAGUUAUGGAUAGGGCUGUUGACUAUGAGACCUCACACAGGCAAAUAUUUAUUUUCCAUAUGUUAUUUUUGAAGUUUUUAUACAAUAAUUUGGUGCCUCAAUCUGUGGAUUCUAGUAUCAGUGCCCAGAAGUUUUUU